AUGGCUUUUAAUGGGAAAUUCAAGGAAGCCUCGCUUUUAAAGCGUAUUGUCGAUGCGUUGAAGUCGACGAUUGAUAAAGUAAACUUUGACUGUAGUGAUGCGGGGAUAGCGGUCCAGUGUAUGGAUAACUCGCACGUCUCGUUAGUCUCGCUGUUGAUUCAAACGGACGCGUUUGAAGAGUAUAACUGCGCACAGACGUUUACGAUGGGAAUAAAUUUGACGCACCUGUCGAAGAUCUUGAAGGCUAUCGAUAACGAGUCGACACUGACUUUGUCUGUGAAAGAUAAGAAAGACGCAGUCCUUAAAAUUACAUCAGAGAAUGGAAAUAAGGUCAUUGAAUUUGGACUCAACUUAAUUAACAUCGAAGAAGAGUCUGUGGAGAUCCCAGAACUCGAGACGGGUGCUAAGGUCACGAUGUUGUCUGCCGACUUCUUAAGGAUAACAAAGGACUUUAGCGCACUUGGGGACGAAAGUGUUUCGAUUGGAGCAAAUAAGACGGAGGUCAUUUUUAAGUCGUCGGGAGCGAUGUGUGAGACUUCUAUGGUACUCAAAAAAGACGAGGCGGUCGACGCUAACACUCUUGAAAUUGAAUGUAAACAAGAAGUCGCUGCUUCAUUCGCACUCAAGCAAAUUGCAGAAUUCGCAAAGUCGGCAUCACUUGCAGAUAAAGUCGCGCUGUACAUCAGAGCAGACUCUCCUAUCACUAUCGAAUUCAUGGGAGAGGGGUGUGAACUCAAAUUCUAUUUGGCCCCAAAAUUCGACGAAGGACAGCCAGAAGCCCAAGAGUGA